UCUUCUGGAGCUCUUGAACCAAUAGAUGAAUCAGAUUUAACCAGUAACCGUCAAAUGUCCAACACAGCUCCUCAUUCUUCAAAACAGUCUAGUGCACCUGGAGUCAAUUCCAUUUCAUCACUAAAUCAGAGAGUUCCAAGGAUGCAUUGUCCAACCCUCUACAGAGGAGCUAACAAAGAGCUCAAACGUAAAUAUACUUAUCUCUUGAAUAAACAUAGACAAAGGUAUUAUGCUUUACUGAAAAAGUACAAAAUCCUUGAAGAAAAAUACACUCCACUUAAAGAUGUCGGAACACCUGAGCAAAUAAUAAGAGAUUCCCGUAAGUUUCUAUCAGAAGAACAUCUACUUUUUCUUGAGAGCCAAAUGUUUUUAAGGAACCGACCUGGAACAGGUAACAGGUUUUCAAGAAAGUUUAUGAACCUCAUGGUUAAAUAUUAUAAGCGGAGUGGAGCUGGUUAUAGAUACUUGAGGACAAUAUUUACUAUCCCAUCAAUGAAGACCGUCCAGAAAUAUGUUGCCAAGUCAAUUGAUUCUUGGAAUGAAGAUGCGCUUGCAGGCUCGAGGGAGGACUGUGAAGCAAGCUGUGAUGAAGUUUAUUCUUCAGAUAAGAAAAAAACUGAAAAUAUUUGUCAAGACUCGGGUUCAAAUGAAGCUCCUUCAAAAGCAAGUGAAUCAGCUCAAAAUGUGGAAUAUGAAGAUAAUUCUGCAAAUCAUCAUGAUUCAGAUGAAUCUACCCUUGAAGAAAUGGAAGUAGAAGGUGAAUCUAAGAGUUGAUUUACUGUCAUGAUGAACAGGCAUCAUGGAGCCAUAAUCUCAUGAAGGAUGCAGUCAGUGAGUGAAGAGUGACAAAUCAUUUAUUGCAUUAUGCCAUAACUAUAUUUGUAAUGUAUUGUAAUGGGACACCUUGAGUCAGUGAAGAUGAAAUGAAAGUGGUCAAGGCCUGCUUUGCUGAACAUAAAUGUUUUCUGAUUUUGCAUGUUUACUUAGAUACUUAUGCAUCUGCUCAAUGUUUACAGCCAAAGCAAGCAGGAUAUGAUGUAUUCAGUAUGUUUAUUUCUUGUUCUUGGUUAAUGUUGAUCUUUUACAGAUAUAAAAAAGGAAAUUCUUAUUUUUUUCAUGAAAUGAAAAAAUGUCAGGUGUGUUCUUUAAUUGUCUGACAAGAGUUUCUCAACCUGGGGUUUAGUAACCCCCAGGGCUUCACAAGAUUUCCAGGGGUACUUAGAUGGCUGAUCUAAUCAUUUCCUUUGCAAUACCAUUGCUUAUUGAGUUAGUUACAGUCACUAAAUGAACAUUGUUUGAUGUCAUAUUACAGGGGGUUUCAGGUAGAUGGUCUUAUAACUCGGGGAGUUCUUAACCAGAAGAGAAGGUUGAGAACCCCUGUCUUAGAGAAAUAAAGGAAGAGUAAUUGAUUAAAGUUAACCCAAUGUACAAAUUGGGUAGGAUAAGGAAAACAACGAGUUAAGCCAGGAAAAUUUUUGUUCAUCUGGGCAGGUCUAAAUCCCUGAAGUGGCUCAUUUUUUUGAUAAUAAGAGUUGAUAAUUUACACACACACACACACACACACACACACACACACACACACACACACACACACACACACACACACACACACACACACACACACACACACACGGC